GACUAGAUGUUAGUACACUGUGCAAUGUGCAUUUUGUGAUUGUGCAUGUCAGUGAUGUGACAACUAUGUUUUUGUUUUUUUAAAUAAAAUUUAAUUUUUUAUUUCAACAUGUUACAAAAUUUUAUUUUAAAAGGAUUUCAAGUUAAACUACCCAGCAGGACGAAGAUCUUUAAUAAAUUAUCGAUUCACGCCCGGCCUUGCAGGCACUGUGGAUCCAAGUUAUAUUCUAGUCAAAACAUUCAAGUUUUACAUUAUAGUCUUGAAAGAAAAACCUUUAGUAAAACCAAUAUUUUCACUGUGAAAACUAGACGCUAUACCAGUGAAGUUGACGCUCAAAAGAAAAAUGGACAGAUUGAAACCCUAAAAGAUAAAACUGUGAUAACAACUAAUGUAAAAUUAAAAUCAUCAGAGUUGAGAAGAUUAUUCAGUCUAGCUGGUCCUGAAAAAUGGACUCUAACAGGUGCUAUUGGUUUUCUUAUCAUAUCAUCAAGUGUGACCAUGGCGGUACCAUUUUCACUCGGGAAAGUUUUAGACAUUAUUUAUGAUACAACCAGUGAUUUGGGGGCAGCAAGAGAGAAACUUGACUCUUUGUGUCUAAUGCUCUGUGGGGUGUUUCUUCUUGGAGGAUUGUGCAACUUUGGCAGGGUUUAUUUAAUGUCAAUAUCAGGACAAAGAAUGACACAGGCCCUCCGUAAGCAAGUGUUUGGUGCAAUAAUGCGCCAAGAAACACAGUGGUUUAGUAAAAACUCAACUGGAGAACUUGUAAAUAGAUUAUCUGCAGAUACUCAACUGGUUGGACGAAAUCUAAGCCAAAAUGUUAGUGAUGGAUUAAGAUCUUUAUUUAUGGUGGGAGCUGGAACUGGCAUGAUGUUCUAUAUGUCACCAUCGCUAGCUUUAAUUGGUUUGUGUGUGGUACCUCCGGUAUCGGUACUGGCUGUUAUAUAUGGACGAUUCGUUCGAAGUAUUACAAGACAAUUACAGGAUACACUUGCUGAUACAAGUGAGUUAGCCGAGGAAAAAAUAUCAAAUAUAAAAACAGUGAAAGCAUUUAGUAAAGAAAAGAGAGAAUGUGAAUCGUAUGCGCAAAGAAUAGAGAAUAUAUUGACAUUAGCCUAUAAGGAGUCGUUGGCUGUUGGGAGCUUUUAUGGAUUGACGGGUCUAUCUGGCAACACAAUAAUAAUCCUAGUACUUUAUUAUGGGGGUGGUAUGGUGGCCACAGAGCAACUAACCGUGGGUAAUUUGACGUCGUUCCUUCUCUAUGCGGCUUAUGUGGGCAUAAGUAUUGGUGGACUUAGCAGUUUCUAUACAGAGAUGAAUAAGGGAAUUGGUGCUGCGACACGGCUCUGGGAAAUUGUGGAUCGCGAGCCGAAAAUUCCAGUUUCCGGCGGUCUCAGACCAGUAGACCGUCCUCGUGGCGAAAUCAUACUAGAAAACAUAACAUAUAAUUACGGUGGUGCUCCAUUGCUGAAGGGUUUGAACCUGCAUCUCCUACCGGGGAAGUCGGUGGCUCUUGUGGGGAGAUCAGGGUGUGGAAAGAGCACCAUCGCCUCUCUAAUAUUGAGGCUGUAUGAUCCCGAGAAUGGGAGGAUUCUUUUAGAUGGUUGUGACAUAAGGGAAUUGGAUCCGGUGUGGUUGAGGAGUCAUCUUGGUUUUGUCAGUCAGGAACCGGUGCUAUUUACUGGAUCGAUAAGGGAAAACAUUAUGUAUGGCCUGGAUGAGGAAUCAGCACUGGAGGCAAAUGAUAAGGAGGCAGCAUGGCUCCAAGCAGCAAAAGCGGCUCAGCUGCAAGAUCUGGCGAACCAGAGCAGAGCGGGGUGGGAGAGGCAGGUGGGGGCGGGGGGCUCCGAGCUCAGUGGGGGGCAAAAGCAGAGGGUAGCCAUCGCCAGGGCUAUUGUUAAGAAUCCAAAAAUCCUCAUCCUAGACGAGGCUACCUCGGCAUUAGAUACUUAUUCCGAAUAUUUAGUCGACAAAGCAUUGAAGGAGAUAAGCAGAGAGCGCACAGUACUGACGAUAGCACAUCGUUUGAGUACCAUUCAGUCUGCGGACGAAGUCGCGGUGAUAGGCAACGGCGUGAUCGUGGAAAAGGGCUCCUACAAGGAAUUAAUGGAGAAGCCGAACGGAUAUUUCAGAGAGCUCAUAACGCAUCAGACAUUUAUGAAGCCUAAAGAAAAAAGUUAACCUAAACUUCGGAGUAAUUGUGACGGCAUGACGUUUCAAUUGACAUUUUUCUUAUCGGUUCCGAGACAUGACAUGGCUUCUAGUUAAUUAAAAGAAUAAAUUUAAAAAAUAUUGAUUCAUUAAUUGUGCUAAUUCUGAUGUUUAAAAUAAUUUAAUUUUAAUUUUCAAUAAAAGAUCGACUAUUGCUACAAACCACAACUUAUUAUGUAGUUUUUUAAUAUGCAAUAGAUUAUAAUAAAUAAUUUAAUAAUAAUAAUAGCAGUCACUGGAUUGCUCUGAGCUUUAAAUUUUGCUGAUAAUAUGAAUUAUAUCAGAACUAACACCAGUUAUGACGAAUAUUUGAGUAUAGAAACUAUAUCAAUUUAAUUACAUUCUUCUUAUAUACAAAGAUUAAAUAAGUCUUUUAUUGCAUUUUCCACGCAACAGAAUAUAUUUGUACUUGAUUCUUUUGUAUAAAAGUAACAAAGAAAAAGUUAUUACAUUUUUGGCGCCAGUUUUAUAUACUGUCAAAAUAUUCCGAGGAAACUAUAAACGGUCAAUAAAGUAUAGAGUUUAACGGAGCGCAUUUGACAGUUUACAUAGAAAGAUAUAGACAGAUAUGGGAAUCGGGUAGCAUUUUUCAGGUAACACUUAGUUAUUGGUGCUGUGGUUUAUGAACAUUUUUUUUUUAUUUUGUUUGACAAAAUUACAAUAAAACAUUGUGAUCACAUCACUGCCAUUUUGUUUGCGAAAUUUUUUGUUAUAGUAUAUUAUAAUAUUAAGUUUGUGCAAUUUUUUAUUAAAAUUAGCGUGUGAUAAUGACGGUUAUUUAAAUAAUAAAAUUACAUUUUGUAUAUAUUAAUUGAUUACAACUGCGCGUUUGGUUUUAAUUGAAAACUAGUCGCGCCAUCUUGUGAGAAAAAUAACUUAAAUUUUUUUAAUUGUUUUUAUCUUUUUGGUUGUUUUUAGUAAGUAGUUUGACAGAGUUAGGUUAAAAUAUGUAUGUUAUUUACACGCACGUGUAACUUAGUUAUUUUGUUAGUACCUAUAUUAAACUUUGUUAAACUUAUGGACGGUCUAAAAUGGAAAAAUAAACUUAGACGGAAAAUCCUAUAAAAUACUCUAACUAUUUUUGGAAAUAAUGAUAUUUUAAAACGAGCAAUACAAAAUAAUUGUUCGCAACAAUUAAAUUUAAAUCAGCAAGCUUACUCUGUAAAUAAUUUUAACGUUUAAAAAGGAAAAGUUGUUGUUUUUUCGGUGCUUAAGUCACAAAUAAAAUCGAAUUUACAGAGUAAGCCUUCAAUUCAAAUAUUGACUUAGCCGUAAGUACGACAAGCGUACAACUUUUAAAACAAUAGUUUUUUAUUGUGAUAUGUUUGUGUUGUAAAUUAGAUGUAAAUUUUGAUUGUAUAGAAUUAUCGGGUAAUGGAUUAUUUAAAUAAAUACAGUGGUUAUUUAA